AUGGCGAUGGCAGAGCAUGAAAACCCAAAAGAAUAUGGCGUUGAAGACUUGGUACUUCUGGAAGAACUUAAAGAGCAGGCCAUCGUCGACAACUUGAAACUGAGGUUUUCGAAGGGACGUAUCUACACUUAUAUUGGCGAAGUUCUCAUUGCAGUAAAUCCAUACAGGCAACUUCCAAUAUAUGAUAAAAAAAUAGUUGAUGAUUACAAAAAUCGGGAAAUAUACGAAAGGCCGCCGCAUGCUUUUGCAGUUAGUGAUGCAGCUUAUAGAUCCAUGAAACGAUAUGGCAGAGACGCUUGCAUUGUUAUAUCUGGUGAAUCUGGCUCUGGAAAAACUGAAACAAGCAAAAUUAUUAUGAGGUAUUUAGCUGCGAUAACUAAUCUACCGAGGAAGAGCGAGAUUGAAAAGUACGUUAAACAAUUACUUGUUGAAAUGAUUAAAGACAUAUUGAUUCGUUCAACCUGCAUUCUGGAAUCUUUUGGGUGCGCGAAAACUAAUAGAAAUGACAAUUCGAGUCGUUUUGGGAAGUAUAUGCAUAUUAACUUCAAUUAUGGCGGGGAUCCGGUCGGUGGGCAUAUCAGCAAUUAUCUUCUGGAAAAGUCACGUGUGGUUAGGCAACAAUCUGGUGAACGUAAUUUUCACUCUUUUUACCAGCUUUUAGCCGGCAUGGACAAAGGGAAGUUGAAAAAUUAUGGUUUAUCUCAUGAUCCUAAAAUGUACUAUUAUUUGAAUCAAGGACAUUCAGAAAAGGUGACUUCCAUUGACGACACUAAGGAUUAUGAAGAAGUAACAAAAGCACUAAAGUCGAUCAGUUCUUUUGAGCCGAAGGUUUGUGAACAGGUUAGGAUACACCUAUUUGGACUCACGUUUUUUUUCCAUUAUCUUUUAUUUGAAACUGAUGAUCAAAGCUCAUUGAAAACGGCAGCGAAUGUUUUCGAAGUUACUGACGUUGCAUUGCAAUCUGCUUUAUGUGAACAGGUAGUAGCAGCUCACGGUGACAUUGUUUCUAAACGUCAUGACGUUAAUGCCGCUUUGUAUACUCGUGAUGCUCUCGCAAAGGCUAUUUAUGACAGGGUUUUUACGUGGGUAGUUCAAAGAGUAAAUGACGCAAUUAAGUUAGAUCAAAAUGCGGCUAAAAAUAAAAGUUCUGUUAUUGGAGUGCUGGACAUUUAUGGCUUUGAAAUAUUUGGUGUGAACAGCUUCGAGCAGCUUUGCAUUAAUUAUUGCAACGAAAAACUGCAGCAGCUUUUUAUUGAGCUCGUUCUGAAACAAGAACAAGAAGAGUAUGAAAGAGAGGGAAUUAAAUGGGUGCAUAUCGAUUACUUUAACAACCAGAUUAUUUGUGAUCUUGUGGAGCAACCGAGAACUGGUAUUAUAGCAUUAUUAGAUGAAGCAUGUUACACUGUGGGCACAAUCGAUGACUCUAUUUUUCUUGAAGAAAUGGACAAAACAUUAGCUGGUCACAAACAUUAUAUGAGUAGGAAGUUACAACCUUCUGAUAAAUCAUUGAAUUUUAAAGAGGAUUUUCGUAUCACUCAUUAUGCUGGAGACGUGACUUAUAAUGUUGUCGGAUUUAUUGACAAAAAUAAAGAUACACUUUUUCAAGACCUAAAAAGACUUCUUUACAACAGUAAAAAUUCUCUUCUUUCUUUACUCUUUCCUGAUGGUGCAAAAGCAGUAACGGAGGUCAACAAGAGACCUUUAACCGCUGGAACGUUGUUUAAAAACUCAAUGGCAGAAUUAGUUAUCCAACUGGCUUCAAAAGAACCUCAUUACAUUCGUUGCAUCAAACCAAAUGAGGAGAAAUCUAGUGUCGCCUUUGAUUUAGAACGCGUACAACACCAGGUCCGGUACUUGGGGCUUUUGGAAAAUGUACGCGUGAGAAGAGCUGGCUUUGCAUAUAGAAUGUCGUACGAAAGGUUCUUGCAUAGGUACAAACUGCUUUCCUCAAAAACAUGGCCAAAACCGAAAAGCGGUACAGCGGAAUCAAAUACUAUGAUAAUAAUUGAAGAACUGAAGUUAACCGAUGAUUGUGUGAAGGGAAAAACGAAACUGUUCAUCCGUUCGCCUCAUACAGUUUUUACUCUGGAAGAACGCCGAUCUGAAAAGAUACCUGGUAUCAUUCUGUUACUCCAAAAGAACUGGAGAGGCACUUUGGCUCGUUGGAGGUAUAAACGCAUGAAGGCCGCUUUACUCAUCAUGACUCGUUAUCGGCGUUACAAAUUACGCUCGUUUAUUGUUACUCUGGUCAAUACUUUCAAAGACGUUAAAAACUUGCCUGAUUAUGGUAAGGAAUUGGCUUGGCCAAAACCCCCAGCUGUUUUGAAUGAUUUUGUUGAAACAGUGAAAAAGAUUCAUAAGGCCUGGCGAGCUAGGUUCAUAGUUGCUCAAAUACCUCCAUUCCUGAAGGAAUCCUUUAACGAAAAAGUUGCUGCCUUCGAAGUAUUUAACAAAGAACGUAAAAGUUGGGGAAUAAUGCGUUCUUGGAAAGGCGACUAUCUUGAGCAAGGUGAAGAAAUUCUACCUCCUGGUCGGCCAGCUGGUUACAAACCAGGGCUUGAUCACCUUAAGUCUGGUAAUCCUUUUUCAAAAGUGCUAUUUUCAUCGUAUGUUCAGAAAUUUAAUAAGCGAAACAAAAGUGCAAGGCGCAUUUUAAUUGUAACAGACAAGUUUUUUGCAAAGUUGGAUCCGAAGAAAUUCACUCUUAUGAAGGGAGUUACGAAUCUUGAAAAGAUUGACGGUGUUAGUGUAUCCAAAGAUGAUAGUCAACUCAUUGUGAUACACACUGGUGACAAUGACUUUGUUUGUUGUCUCGUGACUCCGAAAAAUGAGUGCAGAGUAGGAGAGUUAGUUGGCGUUCUUCGGGCUCAUAUUGAACGGACCUUGAAGAAGAAACUGUCUGUGAGUGUCAGUGAAAAUGUUCGAUGUACACUUGGUUCGAAUGUUCGUAACAUAGUGAUCCAUACAACUAAUGAUUCUCAAACAGUCACUUUUAAAAAGGCUGGAGCAGAUAUUGAUCUAACAUGUCCAAAAGCUACUGAUUAA